AUCUAGUUCCUCAAUAUCCCUACGAUGGAAGCAGUAUCCAUGAGACGGCUUUGCAUUCUUGUGAUAACCACAUUCUCUUUCAUCAGCGCCGACGACGCCUCCAUGAAUGUCACCGACACCAUGUUGUCUACAUCUUUCGAAGACGAGCUCGAAUCGGACUUCGAUUCCGAUGUUGAUGACGCCGAAUCCGAAUGGGCUUGGUAUCCUCUGAGGUGGACAUGGUGGCUCAUCGUUCGAAUCAUCUUCGCCGUCCUCGGCAUCAUCGGCAACGGUGUCGUGAUAGUGGUCAUCUACCAGCGUUACAGUACCAUCCGGUCAACGGACGUCUUCAUCGGGGGUCUGGCCAUCGCUGAUUUCUUGACGUCCGUGUUCCUCGUCCCGAUUCCUUACGCAAAAAGCGUCCCUCCAACAAUUCUUGGGAGCAUAUACUGCAAGGUCUUGUACCCAUCCUUGUUCUUUUGGCUCUGUAUCGUAGCCUCGACCUACAUCCUCAUGACGAUGUGCAUUGAGCGAUACAUCGCUGUGGUGUUCCCACUGUACUUCAACCGCAUUGCCAGCAAGCAGAAAGCCAGCGUAUUCGUCCUCUGUAUCUGGUUGGUGAGUUUCCUGCAGUGUCUCUACACGCUCUUUGUUUACAUCUAUGAUGACCGAAUCGGCUACUGCGGGACUACUAUCAAGAGCGUGGCCGGCAAUACAGCCAGGGGAUACUACGCCUUCCUCACUCGGCUGGUCAUUCCUGUUCUAAUAAUGAUUGCCACACAGGUCAUGAUCGCAAGGUCACUCCAUCUGCAAGGCAAGCAGUUCCAGACGAUGGUCGGCGGCAACGGUAGCACCAAGAUGUCAUUUCACCAGGUCGCUAGGAACCGUGUCAUCAAGAUGAUGUUGAUAGUCGUACUGGUGUAUCUCUUCACUUGGACACCCAACCAGAUCGCCUACUUCUGCUACAACCUCGGUUACAUCAGCGCAUCCUAUAGUGGGAGUUCCCUUCAGAACAUCUUGACUGUUCUCGGGUUCAUCAACUCCUUCGCCAACCCCUUCAUCUAUGCCGCAAGGAGCCCAGACUUCCGUCAGGCAGUGAAGGGGCUUUUUAGCUGUUCCCAUGUCGAGAUUGAGCCUCUCUUCAGCGGAACAAGCACAAAGGAAACAGUUGAAUCUAAAAUUGGCACCGACAAUUCGAGUAAGAUUUCUAAACGAGAAAGCACAAAUGCGGUCUAAGACCAAGCCGGGUCUGUAUUCUUUCACCGUCACGGUUAGAUUCUCCUAUGUAGUAUGUAAACGGUUAUGCUAGAACAAGUUAAAUGACUGAAUAGCUUAGAUUAUUAAAACUGAUUUUAUGAUUGUCGAGUACGGUUUAUAAACUUGAGAGAGCACACAUACCAUGAAUACGGGCGACGACCAAUCAAGCCGGUAUAUGUUCUGUAUUUUCUCGUGUUUGAAUUCUCGCAGAGUCUGUAAUCUGCGAUGUUAAAUAAAGUAAAACGAUUAGAUUUCCCAGAUUGCAAAACAAGUUUGAUGACAGUGGAAUCAAUACAAUGUACAUGUAUAUACAUUAUCAAACUUAAACAAAAACUCUCUGCCAUCAACAAUAAAUUUUAUUCAAAUCGUUCAAAUUGAAAGAAUUGAUAAAUGACUCGAAAUUAAAGAGAAAAUACCUGUCAGGUACUAUCUGUAGAGUUUCCU